GCAGUACUCACUAAAAAAAUAGUCUUGUUGUAAAACAAUGGUACCAGUCUGCAGUAAAAACAAAACAGCGGCAGACAACCCAAAGGACAAUCACUAUGCUGGACCAACUCGCAACGGAAGAGCAAAUGGCACCGGCCGGUACGUCACCAAAGAAGGCAUGGUGUACGAAGGCGGCUUCGAGGAUGACCUUUACCAUGGAGAAGGACAGAUAAUUUAUCCUGACGGAACACUGUUCAAAGGCACAUGGGAACAUGGAAAGCUGAGCUCAGGUCACUUAGUCUUUCCAGAUGGACUGAUAUACGACGGCGGACUUCCCGGAUCGGGUCUGGCAGAUGCGAAUAAACCUUGGGGAUACUGCGAUGGGAACGAUCAGAGAUUUUGGAAGGAAAUAAAUGACCUUAGCGGAAAACCGUUAUUGGUCGCAAAUCCGCCAGCGCCACUAAUUCCGGAAGAUACGAUGGAUGUCGGAAAUGGUUACCACGAUAUUGCCAGUCGUAAGGUGUACCAUUACGAUGGCACAUUUAUGAGGAAUGUCGAACUAAGCGAACAUUUUUGGAUAGUCUCCACAUGUCGAAAAGGAUGGGUGGAAGAAAUUGGAAGGUCACCUACUACACAUUUCUAAGAAAUUAGUUCCUUAUCAUGAGCCCAUUCGUUUAUUAUAUGACUAAAACAACCGGAGAGCGGGUUUGAAUACUAUAAAAGCUACUGCUUGCGCUUUUUUUACUCACCAUUACGAUAACUCAGUCAGGCUUGCUCUAUCUUUACUCCUACAUUUGUUAGCAACAUUUCUUAGGCUGUUGCCGAAAUGAUAUAAAACUAUAGCAACAUUAACAGUGCCGAUACUUCCAAAAAUGAU